GCCACGGCUGGUUGGCUGUGACAAAUGAUUCAGCCCUCUUCCAUCAGACAUGUUGGACGUACAAGAGACAAGGACACAAGCCGAGCUCCCAAUAUUCUGUUAACACACCUGUUGACUUCAACUGAAGCUGGCGUCUUUUGUUCAAGGAUAUUAUUUAACAACAUAAGGGGGACAUUCACACAUUUCACUAAGUUUAUUGGGAUAAUUUUUUACAGCCUUUAAACAAGGUGAGUCAUUAGCUUUAAUAUGUGCUAAACAUCAACACAUUUAAGUUAGAAUCAAAUUCAUAACAACAAGAGUAGGUGCUACAAUGCAGACGGGCACAUUAUAGCAAUGAAUCAAAACACCAUAUAAAUACACUAAAUCACCCACAUACACAAACAUGUAUGAAUAUUUAUAUAUUGAACAAUACAUAAAAUAAAAAAAAUAAUAAGAUAUAAUCGUUUUUUUCUUAAUUCACCCUGUUGUUUUCUUCGUAUUUAUUUAUCUAUCCAUCCAUCCACCCAUCUAUCAGUCCAUCCAUCCAUCAAUCCGUAUAUAUAUUGGGCGACGGAGAAUCGUCAUUGAUUCGCACCAGAACUUUUAGACGCCAACCUUUCCAUGGACUAGCACUAGGCGAUAACGUUUAUUGAAAUUCAAAUGUAAUAUUAUAAAUUUGGAGUGGAUUUAAACAAUGUUGAAUAUUCAAUAACCUAAAUAUAUUGAGUUUAAAUUUCUUUAUGCAAGCUAAAAAACCAACUAUAGAGGCCACAUUAAACCUGUGGAAACUGUGCAAUAGGAAAUGUGAUCAAAUAUGAUCGUCCGGCGAGGGUUGUGUCAAAUAUAGGGAAUGUGUACCGGUUUUAUGUGGCCCACCAUGUGUAUUUGGGAGUAGGCUGACACGAGUGAGAUGAGUUCAGCAAGAAUUAUACGCGUGGAUUAAGAAGAUAAGCGGUCAGGGAAUCUGUGCUCAGGUCAUUCAUUAAAAAUACUUCCAUAUUUAAACUGUUAUCUGAAAGAUUUAAAAGAAAAAAACAUAAAAAAUGAAUUCCAUCUAAACACCACCACAGUCCAACUAGUGGAUUUUUGUCUCUUGUGCUUGUGUCUGGGGGCUUUUUCCUGUAGCGCUUGCGUCUGGGGGCUUUCAUCUGUAGCCCUUGUGUCUUGGAGCUUUUGUCUGUAGCCCAUGUGUCUGGGGGCUUUUGUAUGUAGCCCUUGUGUCUGGGGGCUUUUGUCUGUAGCCCUUGUUUCUUGGAGCUUUUGUCUGUAGCCCUUAUGUCUGGGGGCUUUUGUCUGUAGCCCUUGUGUCUGGGGGCUUUUGUCUGUAGCCCCUGUGUCUGGGGGCUUUGUCGGAGGAGGUCUUUUAUGGGGGGGGGGUGCGGGUGGUGUUAAGUAUCCCUUUGAACGUGCCAAAACUAUCAAAUAAAAAUGAAACUUUUCAUCCAGAUCAAUGCAUCCACUGAGGCUUUCAUGUGGACUAAAUAACAACUUACAAACAGCGGAGAGGUGGCUGCGGAGAAUUGUCACAGAUUCCUCCAUCCUUCUUCUUCUAUAUAUUAAGGGUCCACGAUCAAUGUAUUGAUCAUUCUGGCUCCUAAAUAUGUAGAGGUAUUUGCAAUGUUUAUUUUCAUGGUAUUGAAGAGGAUAUUUUACUGGCCGCAAGGGCCACUGAACGAGGAUAUCAAGAACUAGUAUUUGGAAGGCCUGGGGCAGUAGACACAAAUGUGUCGAGUGUUGCCGCCUCAACUGUUCCUUUUGAAAGCUUGUUCCAGUCCUUGAUUGUCUUUGGCAGGAAUGAACAGUUCCUGUAUUGUGGUCUUGCUGUUAUGAGCCGGAACUGCCUGGCAUGGCCUCGUCGCUGUCUAGGGAGGAGAGGGACGAGUUUCUGUAAAUGCUGGAGCACUUAACCACCUCCUUAUUCAUUUUUUACAUCGUCGAUUGCCUGGAUAAUCAUCUUCUUUUCUAAAAUGGUGACCAACCCAGUGUUUCCAGCAUGGUGCCAACACUAGAGGCUUUCCUGUAACGGUUCAGGACAAAGCGUGCUGCCCGUCGCUGGACCGCCUCCAACUUGUCGAUGUUCUUCUGGGUGAAUGGGUCCCAGACUGAAGACGCGUAUUCUAAAAGCGGUCGGACAAAGGCUUUAUAGGCUCUUCUUUUCACACAGGAGUUGCCGAGCUUCAGAUUUUGCCUUGAGAACCCCAGGCUCUUGUUUGCCUGGUUGUACACAUAGUGAAUAUGCUCGUUACAGCGAAUCUCUCUUUGAAUGGUAACACCGAGGUCCCUUACGGAGAAAACUGGCUCAAGUAUAUGGCCAUGAAGCUCGUAAUGGUGGUUUAGAGGAGUACAACUUAUAGAGACUGACAAUAUAUGGCAUUUGGCAGGAUGAAAUUCCCAGUUUAUCUCCCACGCAGCCAACCUGAGAUCUUGUUGUAGCUGGUCCUGGUCAGAUCUUUUGGCGAUCGUCCAAUACACCGCCGUGUCAUCUGCGAACAGUCUUGUUCUGGAUGUCAGUUCCUCGGGUAGAUCAUUGAUGUAUGCUAGGAGCAAACAGGGGCCUAGCACCGAACCCUGUGGGAACCUUGACUUAACACUGACAAAGGAGGACAUUGUACCGUCCACAACUACUGCCUGGCAUCGGUUGCUGAGGAAGCUAGAGAUCCAUGUAUUGAUUGUGCCUUGGAUCCCAUAUAUCUGAAGUUUGUGUAAAAAAAAACUAUGAUUUACACGGUAAAAACCGUUGAGAAGUCCAUCACCAGUACGUCAGUUUGUUUGCUGUUCUUCAGACUGGUCAUCAAGUUUUCUACAAAGGAGCUGCGUCUCACAUGAUCUAUUGUCUCGGAAGCCAUGUUGACAGUCAUUGAGUAUAUUGUUGCUUUCAAGAUGCUUCAUGACUGCGCUUUCGAUGAUGUGCUCCAACAGUUUGCGGACCACGCUGAUCAGGGAUACCGGACGUAGUUGGCAGGGUAGGAAUGUUCCCCUUUCUUGUAAAUUGGAGUGACAUGCGCAGUUCUCCAGUCUGAUAGAACAUUUCCUGUGCACAACGACGAUUGGAAAUAGGAUUGUCAGUGCAAGAGCGAUUUCUAUGGCCAAUCCUUUGAGCAUUCGUGGUUUGAUGUUGUCAGGACCACAUGCCUUGUAAGGGUUAAUUGUUUUAAGGAGUGUCAGCACACCCUGCCCUGAAAUCUGGAUAUCUUCCAUGGCGGGGUGGGCUCUGCUCAUCAUAUUGGUCUUCAGAAGGAUUUCAUUUAUGCUAAUGAUGUUUUGAUAUUUAACAUUGUGUAACAAUAUAAUGCUUUUAAAAGUUUUUAAUAUAAAUGAUUUUUAAAAUGUAUUGCAUAAACUUUAUGUCUCGUUAAGAAUUCUUUUAAAAGAGUAUAUUCAGGUUUUAUUACCAUCUAAAAAUUUUGCAAACAUCUGAUUUGAGGUAAACGAGUUCAUGGUGGACUCCGCUUCAUUUGAACGCAGGGACAGUUUUAGUCACUUUUAAAGGGAAAAAAAUGGGGUGGGACUAGAAGGUAAAAACUUUGAACAUCGCUAAAUCACUUUUAAAAAUAUGGGAAAAUUGGAUCACGGGGUUGAAUGAUAAUAAUCCUUUGAUGAAAAAUAGAUCUAGGCAGACAAAGAACCAAUUGAUUAAAAGAACAUCGGUCUAGAAAAAAGUAGGGCGUUCAGUGUGAGAUUUUUGGAUUAUCAAUGGAGUCUUCUCCCCUUUAGAACUAUAUCUGCACACGUCGCACUUCUCAUUCUUGAUCUUGUUCUCAUUCUUGAUCUUGUUCUCAUUCUUGAUCUUGUUCUCAUUCUUGAUCUUGUUCUCAUUCUUGAUCUUGUUCUCAUUCUUGAUCUUGUUCUCAUUCUUGAUCUUGUUCUCAUUCUUGAUCUUGUUCUCAUUCUUGAUCUUGUUCUCAUUCUUGAUCUUGUUCUCAUUCUUGAUCUUGUUCUCAUUCUUGAUCUUGUUCUCAUUCUUGAUCUUGUUCUCAUUCUUGAUCUUGUUCUCAUUCUUGAUCUUGUUCUCAUUCUUGAUCUUGUUCUCAUUCUUGAUCUUGUUCACGUGUCUGCCUUUUAUUGGCUGAUUAUAACGAGUUUCAAUAAAACCUGUGUCUUGUCUAAUAUUUGCUCAAGGUGACACAGUUCAGAUAACGGCCUGUUUCCUUGUGCCCCCUGACUGAAGUGUCGCACUCGUAGAAAAGGGGGUGGGGUGAGGAGACUGCGUUUGCGCAUCACGUUCCACAUUAAGGCACAUUAUGCAUACCAUUAAAUUAUCACCUGACGCCUGGUCCGUCUGUAGCUGGUCAUUAAGACACUAUCUCCUGACAUUCUUUGCCUGACAUUCAACAAAUUUGGACGGGGCUCAAGACUAGGCCCUUCUUCACGUCGUCUUUGUGUCGGGGCCUUUAAUGUUAGAAAGAUUAAAUUAUUAUCUAGUUAUACAUGUAAUUUUAAUAACUUAAGUGUCUUUAUACACUACACUACGUCCUGUAAGGAGGUGAGAGCCUAUCAGUUUGCUUUCGCCACAGAUGGCCCUGUAUUGCACAGUAUUGAAUAGUAUCACACUGCAGUAUUGAAUAGUUUCGCACUGUAUUGCACAGUAUUUAAUAGCAUUUCUCUGUAUUGAACAGCAUAGUAUUGGUGAAACGAUCUAAAGGUAAUGGACUCAUUAAGGGACCUACUAUGAUGUGGACUUGUCUUUAAACAGAGGAUCCUUCAUAAAAUCAGUUUUUUUCACCAAUUAAAAGUACAAGCUGCUCCCUUCAACUUCAGUACGUCAAUCUAGGUCAACAUGUUGUUCGCUCUCAACACGUUGAUACAGGAAUCAACUCACCUGAUGGUUUGAUUUAGGUUGACUGUUAAGUUAAAUAAUGUAUUAUAUUUGCCACAGUCCGGGCAGUCACAUUCCUUGUCACUAGUAGUUUAUUUCUCUAGUCUGUGACAUUUCAACUAGGUCACUGUUCUUGUGAUGACGCUGAUGGUGUCAAGUCGAGUAGAAGGACUAUUUCAUGGCAUGCUUUGAAAAUGUCGGACUUGAUCAAAUUCAUGUCAGAAAUAAAUCAACCAAACUGAUCGUUCUUAAAGACUCUAGUUAAUUUUCAGGAAUUCAGCUGAAUCAAAGUCAUUGACUGUGUGUGUUUAUAUAUAUCCAAGGGUGUGUGUGUGUGAUUUUAGCGGUUGUGUGUGCAUCUGCGUGCAUGAACGUGUGUGAAGUCAGAAAACACUAAUAGUUUGGAGAGUACACGACAGGGACGUAAUUCAUAAGUAAAGUCAAUGAUUUCAUGUUAGAAUGGUAAAUAAUAAAAUAACGAAACAAAUAUCAGAAGUUUUUCAGUUAACUGCAUGUCCAACAAAAACACGCUCUCAGCCCUAUUCUAAUAACGAACCCGUUCAAAUAUCUUGGAGUGUCGUCAAAUAAUAGGAACUAGACCCGUCACCUGGGUCAGCUAUUUCAAAGGAAUCACUCAUAAGUGUAUUUUGUAAGUUCGUUGCGUGUUUACUGCCCAAAGCUGACGGCGUAGUGCAAGUUUAGAUGCAGGCAAAACUGAAAUACGUCACCAACAAAUACGCUCUGCUAAAUUACUUAAAGUUACCUAUCCAUUAUAGAGUACUCUGCUAGUCAUUUAACCGGAAGCAGUAUUAAAACUUUUGGUAAGAGAUGUAUGGGACCCAUGUGGCAUGCUGUCUGUUAGUGGAUCAAUAAGUCGAUGGACGAUUGGGGGUAAACGUCCAUCAAUAUUGAAUUGUUGGAAUGAACCGUAAUAUAAAUUCAUCGCAUAGACCAUUUAGAACGAUACUUAAUGAUGUUUCCCUUAAGCCUGGCUUGGUCAGAUGUCAAUUUUGAACGAAAAAAUCCCAUCCUCACUUUGUCCGAUUGGUCCCUUUUUCGAUUUGAAAACAAGAAAUUAAGCGGUUGUUUUAAGUACAUGUGCUAACUAACAUGUCACGCCAUGUUAUAAGUAACAUGUCACGCAAAUCAUAACAAACAUGUCACGUCAUGUCAUAACAAACAUGUCACGUCAUGUCAUAACUAACUUGUCACGCCAUGUCAUAACUAAGAUGUCACGUUAUGUCAUAACUAACAUUCACGUCAUGUCAUAACUAACAUGUCGCGCCAUGUCAUAACUAACAUGUCACGCCAUGUCUUAACUAACAUGUCACGCCAUAUCAUAGCAUGUAACACAUUCAAACUGUAAAAAAUGUCUGAAACAAGUUUGGUUGAUAGUAACUUCGAUUAUCGCGAAAUAAAUCAAUAUUCAGUUUGGCCCGGCAAUGGGAGUAUGGGUUGGAAUGGUACUCCCUAGGCAUCACUAGCCUAGUAUGGGUUGGAAUGGUACUCCCUGGGCAUCACUAGCCUAGUAUGGGUUGGAAUGGUACUCCCUAGGCAUCACUAGCCUAGUAUGGGUUGGAAUGGUACUCCCUGGGCAUCACUAGCCUAGUAUGGGUUGGAAUGGUACUCCCUGGGAAUCACUAGCCUAGUAUGGGUUGGAAUGGUACUCCCUGGGCAUCACUAGCCUAGUAUGGGUUGGAAUGGUACUCCCUGGGCAUCACUAGCCUAGUAUGGGUUGGAAUGAUACUCCCUGGGCAUCACUAGCCUAGUAUGGGUUGGAAUGGUACUCCCUGGGCAUCAAUAGCCUAGUAUGGGUUGGAAUGGUACUCCCUGGGCAUCACUAGCCUAGGCACGCUUCUUAACACACGCCAUUUUAAGUAGAAGACUGAUAUAAGGAUUUAUUGUUUGCUAUAAUAUAAUAAUUGAUUGUUUAAUACAAUAUAAUGAUUAAGUGUUUCAUACUAUAUAAGGAUUGAUUGUUUUAUACAAUUUAAACAUUGAUUGCUUGAUACAAUAUACUGAUUGAUCGUUUGAUACAAUAUAAUGAUUGAUUGUUUGUUGCAAUUUAAUGAUUGAUUGAUUGCUACAAUAUAAUGAUUGAUUAUUUGCUACCGUAUAACGAUUGAUUGUUUGAUACAAUAUAAUUAUUGAUUGUUGGCUACAAUAUGAUGAUUGAUUGUUUUCUACAAUAUGAUGAUUGAUUGUCUAAUACAAUAUAAUGAUUGAUUGUUUUCUACAUUAUGAUGAUUGAUUGUUUGAUUCAAUAUAAUGAUUGAUUGUUUGAUACAAUAUAAUGAUUGAUUGUUUGAUACAAUAUGAUGAUUUAUUGUUUUCUACAGUAUAAUGACUGAUUGUUUGCUACAAUAUAAUGACUGUUUGAAAAUUUAGGCUCUGUCGAAAUAUUGUUGUCUGUCAGGCAAGUAGCUAGUUAAGAAUUUCAUGAUGAAAACACCUUGCCCAUCAAAGUAUGCCAAGUCAAAUGAUUAAUUGAUAUAUACUAAUUGAGUCAUAAUUUAAAAAUGUGGUUGUGUGAGUUUGAUUAAAGAAGAACGUUGACCUUAUAUUGAUGGUCUUCCCAUUUAACUCAUAAACUUUAAGAUUUGGUGCCUGUUCAUUAAAUAUAGGUAGAUGAGCAAUGGGGCAAGAGAGGGAGACACCCGGCCACUGGAAACAAAUGGAAACACAGACAACGUGAACUUUUAGACUGCAAGCGGGAAGAGAAUAGAGUUAGCAAACUUGAUCAACAGCUUAAAACCUGAUAGUAUCUUGGGCACAUAAACAUGGCGAUAUUCCUCCAUAGCCAACGCAGAGGCUGUAACGGAUAAUUAUGAAUUAUUCCAGCAUGACAGAAAUCACAGAGGAGGAGGAAUACUUGUUGCUGUUCAUCACAACCUGGACUGCCACUCUGGUCUAGAACUAGAUGUUAUUGACUGCGAGCUCCUACGGGUGAAGGUGUAGCUGAAGGGUACACGCACACUCUACGUUUUUGCCUAUUACAGACCCAACACAGCAGAUGAACCAAGCCUGGGGAGGUUUGAGGUAUCGCUUCAGAGAGCUAUACAGUCGAAGAACACCCUGCUCUUAUAAAAACUUUAACUUUAAUGGUUGGAACAAGCAGAUUCCUGCCUUGAAGCCCAAGUCCCCAUACCCUCUCCUACACUCUGACUUCAUGGACAUGAUUAACAAACAUGGUCUGGAUCUUCUGGUUAAAGAAACCACCAGUGGGGAAAACAAUCAUGACCUACUCCUCAUAAACUGUUCCCAUCUCAUCCCAUCUCAACUGUGCCAGAAGCAGUGACUGUACCAGAAGCUCUGACUGUGCCAGAAGCUCUGAUUGUGCCAGAAGCACUAAUUUUGCCAGAAGCUAUGGAUGUGCCAGAAGCUCUGACUGUGCAUGAAGUUCUUACUGUGCCAGUAGCUGUGACAGUGCCAGAAGCUCUGACUGUGCCAGAAGUUCUUUGUCAGAAGCAGGGACUAUGCCAGAAGCUCUAACUGUGCCAGAAGUUCUAACUGUGCCAGAAGCUCUAACUGUGCCAGAAGCUCUAAUUGUGCCAGAAGCUUUGACUGUGCCAGAAGCCCUGACUGUGACAGAAGCUCUGACUGUGCCAGAAGUCUGACUGUGCCAGAAGCUCUAAAUGUUCCAGAAGCUGUGACUGUGCCAGAAGCUCUGACUGGGACAGAAGCUCUGUCUGUGCCAGAAGCUCUUAAUGUGCCAUAAGCUCUAACUGUGCCGGAAGCUGUGACUAUGCCAGAAGCACUGACUGUGCCAGGAGCUCUGAGUGUGCCAGCAGCUCUGAAUGUGCCAGAAGCUCUGACUGAUCCAGAUACUCUGACUUUGCCAGAAGCUCUAACUGUGCAAAAAACCUGUGAUUGUGCCAGAAACACUGACUGUGCCAGAAGCUCUAAAUGUUCCAGAAGCUCUGACAUGCCAGAGGCUCUGACUCUACCAGAAGCACUAACUGUACCAGAAGCUGUGACUGUGCAGAAGCCCUGAAUGUGUCAGAAGCUCUGACUGUGCCAGAAGCCCUGAUUGUGCCAGAAGCUCUAACUGUGCCAGAAGCUGUGACUGUCCCAAAGGCUCUGACUGUGCCAGAAGCUCUGACUGUGCCAGAAGAUCUGACUGUGCCAGAAACUCUAACUGUGCCAGAAGCCUUCACUGUGCCAAAACCUGAGAGUGUGCCAGAAACAUGACCUUGCAAAAAGCCCUAACUGUGCCAGAAGCUCUGACUGUGCCAGAAGCUCUAACUGUGCCAGAAGCUCUAACUGCUGUCUGAAGCACUUACUGUGACAGAAGUUCUAACGGUACCAGAAGCCCUCAUUGUGCCAAAAGCUCUAACUGUGCCAGAAGCCCUGACUGUGCCAGAAGAUCUGACUGUGCAAGAAGCUCUGACUGUGCCAGAAGCUCUAACUGUGCCAGAAGCUCUAACUCUGCGAGAAGCACUGACUGUGCCAGAACCCCUCGAUCUGCCAGGAGCUCUAACUGUGCUACAAGCCCUGAAUGUGCCAGAAGCUCUCACCAUGCCAGAACCCCUGACUGCUUCAGAAGCUCUAACUGUGCCAGAAGCCCUGACUGUGCCAGAAGCAAUGACACUGCCAGAGCUCUAAAUGUGACAGAAGCCCUGACUGUACCAGAAUCUCUGACUGUGCAAGGAGCUCUGACUGUGCAAGAACCUGUGCUGUGCCAGACGCUCUAACUGUGCCAGAAGCUCUAACUCUGCGAGAAGCACUGACUGUGCCAGAACCCCCUCGAUCUGCCAGAAGCUUUAACUGUGCCAGUAGCUGUGAUUGUGCAAGUUGUUCUUAUUGUAUCAGAAGCUCAUUCUGUGCCAGAAGCUAAAACUGUGACAGAAGAUCUCACUAUGCCAGAAGCUCUGACUGUGCCUGAAGUUCCAACAGUGCCAUAAACUCUAACUGUGCCAGAAGCACUGACUAUGCCAGAAUCUCUGACUGUGCAAGGAGCCCUGAAUGUGCAAGAACCUCUGCUGUGCCAGACGCUCUAACUGUGCCAGAAGCUCUGAAUGUGCCAGAAGCCCUGAUUGUGCCAGAAGCUCUAGCUGUACAAGAAGCUCUGACUGUUCCAGAAGCUCUAACUGUGCCAGAAGCCAUGACUGUUCCAGAAGCUCUGACUGUGCCAAAUGCUCUAACCCAGCCAGAAAUUCUUACUGUGCCAGAAGCUCCAACUGUGCCAGAAGCACUGACUGUGCCAGAAGCCCUGACUUUGCCAGAAACUCUAACUGUGCCAGAAGCUGUGACUGGGCAAGAAGCUCUGAUUAUGUUAGAAGCACUAAAUGUGCCAGAACUCUGACUGUUCCAUAAGCUCUGACUGUUCCAGAAGCUCUGACUGUGCCAGAGCACUGACUGUGCCAAAAGCUCUGACUGUGCCAGAAUCACUGACUUUUCCAGAAGCACUGACUGUGCCAGAAGCUCUGACAGUGUCAGAAGCUCUAACUGUGCAUGAAGCUCUUACUGUGCCAGAAGCCCUCACUGUGCCAGAAGCUCUAACUGCGCCAGAAGCUGUGAGUCUGCCAGAAUCUCUGACUGUGCCAGAAGCUAUGACUGUGCCAGAAGCUUUCACUGUGCCAGAAGCCCUGACUGUCAGAAGCCCUGACUUUGCCACAAACUCUAACUGUGCCAGAAGCUGUGACUGUGCCAGAAGCCCUAUAUGUGCCAGAAGCUAUGAUUGUGCCAGAAGAUGAGACUGUGCCAGAGGCUCUAACUGUGCGAGAAGCCCUAAAUGUGCCAGAAGCUGUGACUGUGCCUGAAGCCCAUUUAAGAAGCUCCUUGUUGCAUUUCCAACAUUAUAUUAGGUGGUUUUACUGCGGUCUGCUAACAAUUGAUGCAACAAAGAGGCUGAUGUCUGCAUUUGUGCUAUCACGCAUGGACUAUUGCAAUGCUCUCAUGGUGGGUCUUCCAGCUACGCUCCUGGAUAAAAUUCAAAUAGCACAGAAUAAUGCGGUUCGAAUUGUUCUCCGCAAGUUCGACCAUGCAAAAACACUUCUGAGAGAGUUGCAUUGGCUGCCAGUGCGUGUUCGCAUAAAGUACAAAAUCGCAACUUUGUGCUACCGCUGCUUACAUGACCUGGCACCGUCCUAUCUGAAAGAGCUGCUGACGCCUUAUGUACCCACUAGAGAGCUCCGCUCAUCCGAUAGUGGCAAACUCUCGACACCACGUGUUUGCCUUGAGACUUACGGAAAGCGCACUUUCGCAUUGUCUGGUCCAACAAUUUGGAACGCCCUUCCUGUCGAUCUCAGAAACAACCAGACACUGGAGUCCUUUAAAACCGAUUUAUUUAAAGACACAUCUAUUUCGCAAACACCUUCUGGGAUGAGUGUCUACCUUAUUUUCAAGUUAAUGCAUAAUGGCUGUGUUGCUUAUGGUUGAAAUGGCUAGAAAGACUUUGCCAUUGUAUGCUUGUAAUUUUUUGUAGUGUUGCGUUUGUUUUAAAUGUGGUAAAUUAUAGAUUUGUUUUUUGUUGACUUUAUACCGCGCUGUGUGGCAUUUUUGAUACAUGACUUAAAUACAUACAAGAUAACAUACCUGACACAUGACUUAAAUACAUACAAGAUAACAUACCUGACACAUGACUUAAAUACAUACAAGAUAACAUACCUGACACGUGACUUAAAUACAUACAAGAUAACAUACCUGACACAUGACUUAAAUACAUACAAGAUAACAUACCUGACACGUGACUUAAAUACAUACAAGAUUAACUCAAUAGUUGUUUUUUUAAACAAACAGACAAACAAAAAGAAUGAAAUUAAAAAUUCUCGCUAUUUUCUUGUCAAGGAAAGUCCCGAGCAAUUAUUUUCCCGCUCUAUGUUACAUUUGAGAAAAUCGUGAUUCACUAAGACAAAAAUAGCAGAGCCCUUGCCCUCUUCAUCUAGGAGGAUUUCUACACGACUUACCAUGUCGGGGAACUCGGCUGACAUUCAUUAUAACUUUUAACUGUUGGCUAACUGGGAAUUUAGGCCUAGAGUCCAUCAUAGCAUCAGAGGCCCCUUGGCGUAUCCCACAAACAGCAAAUGAUCUGAACCGUUCUAUACUUUAUUAUAGUAGGGCGGCCGUGAUCAAGUUAGCAAAAUCCUGACAUGUUGUAUCAUAUCAACUUUGGUGGGGGGGGGGGGGGGGUUUUUGUUUUUAAAAAAUAAAAUUAACAAAAAAGCUUCCCUCACCCCCCAAUUAAAUUUAUUUAAAUAAAAAAAAACAACCCCCCCCCCCCGCUAUGAAUUAAAUUCACGUAAAGAAGAAAACGGCUUCUUUCGCCCCUGAAUGAAAUCUAUGUUAAGAAGAAAACGGCUUCUUUCGCCCCUGAAUGAAAUCUAUGUUAAGAAUAAAACAGUUUCCCCCGGCCGGACUCUGUUUCUACUGAUGCUAGAUCUAGACACACAUUAUCAUGUCAUUAAACUUGUUUCAUUCAUAAAUGGCUCCACUCAGUUAAUGAUAUUGCCUGUGCUAAGAAAAGAAGCUCUACAAAUCAGUUUAAACAACUCUGUAAUGAGAUACUGAAAUCUGACGUCACAACGAAUAUUUAAGUGUAAAUAUUUUAUUUUCAUAAAGCUAUUUUUGGUGACGUUAAUUUCUUUGCAAUGUUUUAGGAUUUUUUUUUUCAUUUUUUUUUUCAUUUUUUAUUUUAUGGUUAAUUUUUUUUUUUUUUUAAAUUUUUUUCAACGUGUUAAGGUUGAUCAAUUUAUAAUUUUAUUUUUAUAAAGUUUUUUUUUGUGAUGUUUAUUUUUUUUCAAUUUUUUAGGAUUUUUUUUUUUUUUUUUUUUUUCUUUUUUUAUUUUAUGGUUAAUUUUUUUUUUUUUUUAAAUAUUGUUCAACGUGUUAAGGUUGAUCAAUUUAUAAAUUGAUGUCCACACGUGUUACUAGCACUUACCUCCCUUUAAUUUUAUUGAUUUUGAUUCUAAAAUAUGCGUUAUUUGGCUCUCACUCUGGGCCUGGCCACCAUUCUCUAUUAUUGUCGUAUAUAUAAAAAAAGACAUGACUCUGAAGUGUCACGUUUGUGUACUGUUACAUUCGUAUGUUUUGUUCAAACCAUCGACCCAUUGUCUUAUUGUCUUAUUGUCUUAUUGUCUUUACCAUCAAAUUGUUGACCAGUCUCAUUAGUUUGUAUUUAUUUACCGCUUUACUUAAGUAUGACGAACUUUGUGAAAUUACAUAUGUAAUACACAUAUUUAUUAUAUAUUUUUCAGAGCGAACUAGUCAGCGAACCACUGGUAUAUACUGAGAGAGGUUCAAGAGAGACAACUUUUGCUCACUGGAUUAACUGGCCAUCAAAUCUACAACAUCAAAUCUGACAAACUUCAUAACGUCCUCAACUCUCAGCAGCAAACAAACUAUGGGCCCACAUUUGAAACUGCACAACAUUAAUAGUCGUCAAUGGGCAGCCAUUGUGGUCGUGUUCGUUAGCACGGUGAGUGUCAUCCCUGGGGUAGAUGGGUUCAAAUACCACGAGUUCUGUGGCACGCCUCCCAUAGAUAUGAAAACAAGAUUUCCCUUGUACCGCCUGGAUGUGGACACGAAAACAGAGGGAGUACCGUGGGCAUAUAGACAGAACAACUCACUAACAGGUCAGUGUAUAUAGAUAGAACAACUCACUAACAGGCCAGUGACAUAUAGACAGAACAACUCACUAACAUGUCAGUGAAUAUAGACAGAACAACUCACUAACAUGUCAGUGACAUAUAGACAGAAUAACUCACUAACAUUUCAGUGAAUAUAGACAGAACAACUCACUAACAUGUCAGUGACAUAUAGACAGAAUAACUCACUAACAUGUCAGUGAAUAUAGACAGAACAACUCACUAACAGGUCAGUGACAUAUAGACAGAAUAACUCACUAACAUGUCAGUGAAAUAUAGACGGACAGAAAUAAUUCCCCCAUUCUUACGAUACGCUAAACAGUAACUUUAAACUUUUCACCACUAUACGCGAUUACCAUCUGACAGUACAAUACGUACGUACCAUCUGACAGUACAAUACGUGCGUACCAUCUGACAGUACAAUACGUACGUACCAUCUGACAGUACAAUACGUACGUGCCAUCUGACAGUAAAAUACCUAUCUGCCAUCUGACAGUACAAUAGACGCGUACCAUCUGACAGUGCUAUAGGCACGUACCAAACGACAGUACAAUACGUAAGUAACAUGUGACAGAAUCUUAACCACGAAAAAAUGACAGUGAAUAAACUGUUAAAGUUCAGGUUACGACUGACAAGUCAUACACAUGACCAUAGAUGACAGUGAAGCCCGGUCACGUGACAUCAAAAUUUAUUGGGUACGUAAAAUACCAUCAAAGUGUAGCAGAGCUUGUCCUAAGGCGGUUGCUAUUGGUGCUAACUUCUUCAUCUCACUGGACAGCGAGUCUCUAGGAGCGGAACUUAUGGGGCGAACAUAAGAGAACAGCUCCAUUGAGCAAGAGCAAGGAAUUAGGUCACGUUCCAUUUUGAGGUCACUCUCCAGAUUGAGGUCAUUUGCAGAUUGAGAUCACUCUCCAGAUUGAGGUCACUUUCCAUUGCAGCCAUUACAAAAGUGAAGUAAAGCCCAUUUCUCUCGUAAUUAUAAGUGAAUUUUAUCGGAAAUCCAUGUCAGGAUUCAAAAUAUAAAAACAAAUACAUGACAAGUGACCAUCAUCUUCUUCUAUAUAUUAAGGGACCACGAUCAAUUUAUUGAUAAUUCUAGCCCAUCUAUGAAUAUGAUAUGUCCACAGCGGGCCACAUACCAUGAUAAGCUAUUGUAGCAGUUCAAGUCUAGGCGAUAUUUACAAUGGCUUCACUACAGAUUUCAAUACAUCAAUUAUAUGACUUGUUGGAAGCCUGAAAUCUUUUUUCGUGUAAUCUAGUCUUAAAUUGUCAUAGGAUUUAACUUUUUAUUAUCCUUUCAAUUAUCAUUUUGAUCAUACUACAAUGUUUAUUUAUUUUUUUAUUUUCCCUAUUAAUAUAAUUAAUAUAAUUUUAUUUACAACAUGAGACCAUGUAUAUAUUUCAAGUUAUAAUAUCUCAGCUACUCUCUAGGUAUAAUCAUAGAAGUUGAACUAAUUAAAUAAAAUAUUUGAAAGCCUAUAUAUAUGGCUAUUUCUCCAGCGCCACUAAAAGCUCUAAUUUAUUAGGUACUUAAAAUAUUCUCCUUUGAAAAUCUUCAAGUCUUGUAUUAAGGUGGGUGGGGCUGGAUCUAUGGCCUUGUUAUGGAAAUGUUGUCUGAAUUUCAUGCAAACAUAUGCGCACAUUUGUCUUGCACUUUAAAGACAUCUCACGGAGAAUAACAAAUUACCCUACGCACUUCUUUUUUUCUUUUUAGCAUUGAAUUAUGCGACCAUAGGAAAACGGGACAUUUAGUAUAGAUGUUGUGACCAGCAUGAAGAAUGAAGAGUGAAGAGUGGAGAUAGCUUUCUGGACACGCCCUUGCUAAAGCAGAUAACCACAGUGUCAUUGUGUGCUCAAUUGCGUUAAAAAGACUUAUUGUAGGAAAUAUAAGAUUGGACAAAUCCAAAGAAACACGUGACUAUUGUUUAAUGUUCAUAUUCUAAGGACGUACAACUUUCUUGAAUGAAGAUAAGCGUGGUAUUAAAUACUAUGGCGUAAUCGGGUGAAGUUUUUUGACACUGCGUCCGGUUAUUUCGAUGAAAUACUCGGUGGGUGCAAGUGUUAAAAAGAAAAAAUGAACUUCUCAUUUUCUAUAAUAUACACAAUAUGUCCUACACCUUACCUCCUUGUCUUUAAACAAUAGUCCUACCCACUACCUGCCGGUUUUAAACAGUAGUCCUACAGACAGUGCUACACCCUAACUUCCGGUCUUUAAACAGUAGGUUUAGAAAAAGUCCUAAACCCUACCUGCCGGUAUUUAAACAAUAGUCAUACAGACAGUCAUACGGAUAGUCCUAUAGACAGCCCUACCUCAUACGCGUAACAUUCGCCUCCGAAAAUAAUUCCACCUUCUGACCAGAGUUCAACCGUCACGCAUGUAGCUCGCUGCUUGAGACCUUUUUCCACUCAGUGCUAUUGUUAUAAAACAUGUUGACAUUUCAGGAAUCUAUUACGGAGAACACUGAAGAUUUGUGUUGUGCGUUUACAGCUGAAUGUUAUCAAAAGUAUUUUAUUUGGAUUAGACUCGAUAAACCCUAUCUGUAAUGAAACUAGCAGGCCGGCACUAAGAUGUCAAAUAUAGGACGGACAGUAAAAAUUGCUCCAUUUGUUUGGAGAGCGUUAAAAUCUCAUUGACAUUAAUUUGGUGUACCUCACAUAUGUUUUGAUUUAUGGAGUCUCUUGAGGCAAGCAAUGUUGGCAGGCCUUGUUAUGAAUAAUGCCGUGUGACGGUGAGGACGUACAGAAAGCUUGGACCUAUCACAGCAUACUUGCCAUGCACUUGCGUCCCGGGCUUUAAGUAGGUCCGGGUUCACUUUGGAUUUAACUCAUUGCCUCUAGCUUUUCAAAUGUUACGAGUUCUGUAGAACCUAGGCAUGUUUUGGACAUCAAUGGACAGUGGCGUAGCUUGGAUUAGUGCCGACAAGGGCAAGCCAAGAUUUUUUCCGCCCGUUCCAUGAAAAAAACUUAGCAAUUGCUGUCCCUCAAGAUAAAGGGGGAAAGGUGAUGCCCUGGGGAGACUCGGUAAAUAUGGAUAUGGAUAUAUAAAUAACUCAAGAUAAAGGGAGAAAUGAGAUGCACUGGGGAGACACGGUAAAUAUAGAUAUAUAUAUAUAAAUAUAUAUAUAUAUAUAUGUAUAUAUAUAUAUAUAUAUAUAUAUAUAUAUAUAUAUAUAUAUAUGGAUAUAAUCAAAUAGAUUUAUCCCGUCUCAUCAUAUAACAACUUCAAGUAGCAAUAACCGUCAUUGCCAUCAGCCCUAAUGGUCUGGUAGUGUUAUGGUAUUGGUCAUGUGUUGGCUAACACCUUCGUGAAAAUUACAAUGGGUACCAUACAUCUGAUAUGAGAUGGACUACAAACUCUAAAUAAUAAAUUAGACAAUUUCAUGCGGAACUGUUCAAGAUUUCAUGGCCAAGACAGUUCAAUAAACACUAUAUGUCCCCCCUCCCCCCAAAAACUCAAUACAUGUUUUUGUUUCCAUUGAAUACAAUUCCCCUCCAGGACUGGCUGCCGAAUGAACAAGUUUAACAUGGAGGUUUUGUAUUUUUUGUGUUCUCGUUUUCCAGGUAUAAUUAAUAUUUGCAAAGUAUGUAGUUUAAAGUAGAAAAUUGCAAUGUCGUUUUUAGAAGCUUCUUCGAGUUAACUUCUUUAUUUCACGACUACGGCUGAUUGUAAGUUAGUGCGAUGCUAAACUAUUAUUGAUAAUGAAGGGCGUAGACGGAAAUAAGUGAAACAAAGUAUGGAAGCAUCUAAAACAACACACAACAAAAGAAAGAACAUGUCAGCGAGAAGCCUUCUUCUGUGAACAAAUAACAGUUCAACAAAUAGAACACUUAAAUUAAACAUUUAAACUAAUUUCUGCAAUGUUGUAUCUGAAAGGAUAUUUCAAUGGCAAAGACAUCUUAAUAUGUCCUCUCAACUUUAAAACCCUCGAAAAGCCUAAAUUGGAGUGUGAGAACCAGGUGACGCUCUCAUCUUCUGAAGAUCUAAUCAACACAGUGUGCAGAAAUAACUUAAUCAAUCAAUUAGCUCCAUGUAUUAUAUGAUGCUGACAGUUAUCAGGAAUAACUAUGUCCGUUUGAGACAAUUUUUCAUUGCAAAAGUAUUUUUAGAAACUAAAAAUAAACUGGUUGACACGUCGGUCUUGUCUGUAUUGUUCUUAAAAUAGAUGAAUGUUACAAAAUGUGUAUGUUUCCGUAAAAGGUCUUUUGUGACGCGCGUCAAAUUUCAUUGCUCUCUUGUGGCAAGGAAAAAAAUCUAUCAUCUAAAUUGAGUCGGCUAAAAUACAAAAAGCUUCAUGUGCAAUGUCUAACAAAUUAAAUCUUAGAAUUGUUGUCAUUAUUAGUAUUCUAUUUGCCGAAUGAACCUGGAGAGUAAUCAUUCAAAUGUUUGCGUGUAGGAAUCUACCUGUGAAUGCUUUGUUCAUCUGCUGUCUCUACUAUCCCCUAACACUGAGUCAUCGCAAACUGAGAGCGCAUCUCAAACUGAGCGGUCAUCUCAAACUGGGAGGUCAUCUCAAACAGAAGGUCAUCUCAAACUAAGAGUUCAUCUAACACUGAGAGGUCAUUUAAAACUAAGUCAAAGAAUGUCUCAAGUCUAAUGGGUGAUCACUCUUUCCCACCGGAAUCAGCUGUCAAAUAAGCAGCUCAAUCAAUGUUGAAUAUGACAGCUUGUUGAAUAUGACAGCUUGUUCAUGAUGUUACAGGAACCGCCUAAGCCACAGAACAUGCGUCAUAGUUUCUAUAUAUAAAUAGAUCUUGCAUUAUAGUUGAUGGAAUUGUUUUCACUACAACUGUCAAUCAGCAAACUGUAGUCUGUUUUGUUUUUACAUAUUUUUAUUGUAUCGUUACUUUAGCUUUUUUGUCUGGAGAUCCACUAACAACAUAGGCUUAUAUCACCUUACUAACAACAUAGGCUUAUAUCACCUUACUAACAUCAUAUGCUUAUAUCAGCUUACUAACAACAUAGGCUUAUAUCACCUUACUAACAACAUAGGCGUAUAUCAGCUUACAUUGGGAAAAGGUGUUGUGUAAAGAAAAAGAUAUCAGUUGUGGAAGACAUAAAAGUUAUCAAAGAACUUGGACAACACCAAGAGUUGUUUUAGGGUGUCAACACAACAUAGUCUGACUCUUCCCUGAUUGAAGUUUAAAGAGAAAUUGAAAAGUAAGACAAACUAAAAGACAGCUAGAGCUCAAGCAGUAAAUGUUAAAUUCAAGAGAAAAAUGACCUCUUGAAGAACACUCAUUGGGGGGCGAGGCAUACGCCCCAGUGUCACGCGCUGCCACCUUUCCUUGAACGCUACGGGUCAUUCAGGUGGGUUCAACGGGAACGUUCUUAGGACUUUGUUGUCAUUGAGAGGAACGUGCGUGCUUGACAAGGGAACAGAUGCCCAAUCAGUCAAGUUCAGGGGUUGGACAGGGCUAGUGAAGAUGACCCCCCCCCUUAUCAAUCUGGCUAUUAAUGUAAUGGGGAUGGGUGUCUUGUAGGAGGGCAUUUGUUAUUGGAAGGAUGAUUUAUUGAUUGACAUAAUUUACUUAGAAGACUAGGAGAGGAGAUGAUUUAUUUUUAAAAAGUAGACAUGAUUUGAGGAAUAAGAGAGCAAUUGUGGAAUACAAUAAAAAUACAUGUAUAAGCUUUCAAAUAACACCACAUGCUGUCAGUGGCGUAGGAAGGGAGGUGUGGAGACAUGGCGUUACUGGCGUAGUGUUGUGUAGGACACUUUUCCCCGUGCGUGAACUUUGUUUGACCCCAAAUUAGAUUCCUAGCACACGCUACGUUCAUAGAUGGGCGUGGCUUAGUCUUUUACUGCUGACUAUCAACUAAACAUGGUUAGUUGGUCUCCUAGUAUCUUGUGGAACUUUCUCGAUUUGAAGAGAACGUAAACAAUGUCAAAGGUGUUUCUGGACGCAUCGAUAGACCCACUAUAUAAAUAAGGAAUUUCGGAGAUUCAGGGAGAUUGAUAGAUAUUUUUAACUUCACGAGACGUGUAUUAUUCCUUGUGCACUCAUAUGUGUUUAUUCGCAUUCAUCAUUCAUCUAUAAAAGGCAAAGGCCUCACUCACUCACUCACUCAUCACUAAUUCUCCAACUUCCCCUGUAGAUAGAAACCUGAAAUUUGGCAGGCUUAUUCCUUACUGCUCACAUAAAAAAGUUAAUUAUGUUUCAUUUCCAAACUCUAUACCGUUUGGGGCCGGGGGCCCAAAAUGUCGUUUGUUUCCUAUAUGAGCCAUAUAAAUAAAAUGAUCAACAAAUACUGCUACAUGAAUCGAUGGAUCUUGACCAAACUUAAUACACAUACUCUUGAUUAGCCAUAUUCAAAUGCCGAAGGGUACUUAACGCAUAAUAUCCAUACCACUGGGGCCGGGGGCCCAUUUUAUUUUUCCUUAUAUAAGCAUUAUAAAUAUCAAUGUGCUUAGUACUCCGACAUGAAUAGAUGGAUCUUGACCAAAUAUUCAAAUACUUAAGGUUAUUAAACUCAUAUAUACAUUUCUCUAGGGCCCCAUUUCAUUUUUUUCUUAUCUAUACUAAUAAAAGGCAAAGCCCUCACUCACUCAUCACUAAUUUUCCAACUUCCCUUGUAGAUAGGAGUCUCAAAUUUAGCAGGCUUAUUCCUUACGGCUUACUUACAAAAGUUAAUCAGGUUUCAUUUCGAAACUCUACCCAGAACGGUCACAACCGGGGCCCUGAAUUUUGAUUUGUUUUUUUUUUCUUAUAUGAUAUAUAUUAAUAAAAUUAAUAACAAUAUUAAAAUUAAUAAUUAAUGACAAAUACUGCUAUAUAAGUAUCUGGAUCUUGACCAAACUUAAAUUACAUACAUUUGAUAAUCCAUAUUCAAAUACUGAAGGGUACUUAACACGUGAUAUGCAUCUCUCUGGGGCCGGGGCCUCUUUUCAUUUUUCCUUAUAUAGGCUAGAUAGAUAGCAAUAGGCUUAGUACUCAUAUCUGAAUAGAUGGAUCCUGACCAAACUUAGUACACAUACUCUUGAUUAUCAUAUAUAUAUUCAAAUACAGAAUGUUAUAUAACUCAUAAUAUUCUUACCUCUGGGGCCCCUUUUAUUAUUUAUUUUAUAACCUUUCCAACCUUUCUCCAACUUCCCAUGCAGAUAGAAGCCUGAAAUUGGCAGACAUAUUCCUUACGGCCUACUUACAAUGUUAAACAGGUUUAAUUUCGAAACUCUACUUGGAACAGUCUCAACCGGGGGCCCCAAAGUUUGCUUUGUUUGUUUCUUAUAUGAUAUAUAUAUAAAUAAAAUUAACUACAAAUACUGCUACAUGAAUAUCUGGAUCUUGACCAAACUUAAUUUACAUACAUUUGAUUAUCCAUAUUCAAAUAAGGAAAGUUUUUUAACACAUAAUAUCCAUUCCUCUGGGGCCGAGGGCCCCAUUUCAUUUUUCCUUAUAUAAGCUAUAUAAAUAGCAAUAGGCUUAGUACUUCUACGUGAAUUGGUGGAUCUUGACCAAACUUAAUACACAUAAUCUUGAUUAUCCCUACUCAAAUAACGAAGUGCACUAAACUGAAAAUAUCCAUAGCUCUGGGGCCGGGGCUCCAUUUCAUUUUUUUUCUAAUAUAAGCUGUAUCAAUAUCACUAGGGUUAGACAACACCAUAGGUUCUAUGAGAUUAGCUGGAUUUAGGCGUUGCUUUGUAGCAAUACCAUUCUUAGUCCGUUUUAAAAUAGCGUUUGAUUUAAUAUCCAAUCCUUUCAAGGCCGAUCUAGAAUUUUCUAGAAACGUUGAUAUCUUGAAAGAGCUAUGUAUAUGGCAUUUGUAAACCACUUUUAAUAGGACAAGCUUUAAAUUUAUAAUUUAUCUUCUUCUUCUAUAUCUUAAGGGCCCACGAUCAAUUUAUUGAUCAUUUUGGCUCCUAUGCAUGUAGAUGGGAUUUGCAAUGUUUCUGUUACUGGUGGUGAUGAGGAAAUUAUGCACUAGGGGUUUGAAGGCUUGAGGCAAUAGACACAAAUGCGUCUAGUGUUGUCGCCUCAACUGUUCCUUUUGAAAGAUGGUUCCAGUCCCUGAUUGUCUUGGGCAGGAAUGAGCAGCUCCUAUACUGGCUUCUUGCUGGUAUGAGCCUGAAUUGCCUGUCAUGGCCUCGUCGCUGUCUAUGGGGGAGAGGGACGAGUUUCUGUUUAAUACUGGAACAGUGGACCAGCCCAUUAUUUAUCUUGUACAUCAUGGAGAGCCUGGAUUGUCGUCGUCGUUUCUCCAAUGGUGACCAGCCUAGUGUUUCCAGCAUGCUGCCAACACUAGAGGUAUUCCUGUAGCGGUUUAGGACAAAACGUGCUGCUCGUCGCUGGACCGCCUCCAACCUGUCAAUGCUCUUCUGGGUAAAUGGGUAAUUUUUAUACCCCCCCCCCCCACCCCACAAUCUCAGACAUAUAUAAAACGGUACUUUAUUGAACAGGCCCCCAACGGGGCCCCCGUAUCAAUUUAAAUGUAUUAUAGUUAUUAGCACAAUUUGUUGUAUAACAUUUCGCAUUCGAGAAAUAAUUACAUAGAAAAGUAAUUUUUACACGUUUCAUGGAGGAUAUUAAAUUUAAUCUAGAAUGUUCUAUAUUUUGUCUACAGGGAUAUAUCAUUAGAUCUAUAAGCGUAUCCAAACAAAUCACACUGAGCAUGAUCCCAUAGAGAAACAGGAUCCUAAUGGGACACAUCGGGUACGCGUUUUCAUCGGGGAACAGGAUAUCAUCGAGAUCCCAUCGGGUAACGGGCUCAAACCGGGAUCAGGAUCCCAUCAGAAAAAGGGAUAACAGGGAAAAGAGAGUCCCUAGGAGGAACGGGAUCCCUCAAUGAACGGUAUCCUAACGGGAUCGGUAGCGCAUCCGGAUCCACUGAGAUCAGGAUCUCACUGGGUUCAAGACACCGACGGGAUCGGGAUCCCAACGGGAUCUGGAUUCCCCCUGGAUCCGGAGCCACAAAGAAAUAGGAUUCCACCGGGAACGGGAUAAAAGCGGGAAAAGGGAUUGCACCGGGAUCGGGUUCAGAAUGAAUAAGGGACUCAUUAGAAUUGGGGUCUUACCAGGAUCGGGCUCCCAAGGACAGACCCUACAAAAAGUUGGCAUUGAUUUGAAGCAGGUUUGAUUUUGGCAAGGGAAUGCAUUAUAUAAUCUCCAGAAUAUGCGGAUACUUGAUAAUUUCGUACUUUUUGUUUCUUAAAAAAAGCUCACCGAAGCGAAGCGCAGAUAUUUUGCUAGUAAUUAUUAAUUGGUACUGUUUUGGGUAUCGUAAUUUUGUUAUUGUAUUUUUCUAUGGUAUCGUCCUUUGUUAGGCACUGAGUCUGUUCGAACGAGCCAUCAAUUAAAAAUAGGAGAUUAAUUUCUCACAAUAGAUUUCAGUGCGUAACCCGUAGGAAAGGAGGUGUUGAGAAAUGCAGUCAGUGGGGUAGGAAGGGAGGUGUAGAGACAUGACGUCACUGGCGUAGAAAUGAAGGUGUGGAGACAUGCAGUCAGUGGCGUAGGAAGGGAGGUGUGGAGAUAUGCAGUCAGUGGCGCAGGAAGGGAGGUGUAGAGACAUGCCGUAAGUAGCAUAAGAAGGGAGGUGUAGAGACAUGCAGUCAGUGACGUAAGAAGGGAGGUGUUGAGACAUGCAUUCAGUGGCGUAGGAAGGGAGGUGUUGAGACAUGCAGUCAGUGGCGUAGGAAGGGAGGUGUUGAGACAUGCAGUCAAUGGCGUAAGAAGGGAGCUGUUGAGGCAUGCAGUCAGUGGCUUAAGAAGGGAGGUGUAGAGACAUGCAGAAAAUGACGUAAGAAGGGAGGUGUAGACACAUGACGUCACUUGCGUAGGAAGGAAGGUGUGGAGACAUGCAGAAAGUGGCGUAGGAAGGGAGUUGUAGAGACAUGCAGUCAGUGGCGUAGGAAGGGAGGUGUAGAGACGUGCAGUCAGUGGCGUAGGAAGGGAGGUGUUGAGACAUGCAGUCAAUGGCGUAGGAAGGGAGGUGUUGAGACAUGCAGUCAGUGGCGUAAGAAGGGAGGUGUAAAGACAUGCAGUCAGCGGGGUAGGAAAGGAGGUGUCGAGACAUGCAGUCAGUGGCGUAGGAAGGAGAGUGUAGAGACAUGCAGUCUGUGGCGUAAGAAGGGAGGUGUAGAAACAUGCAGUCAGUGGCGUAGGAAGGGAGGUGUAGAGACAUGACGUCACUUGAGUAGGAAGGAAGGUGAGGAGACAUGCAGUCAGUGGCGUAGUAAGGGCGGUGUAGAGACAUGUAGUUAGUAGCGUAGGAAGUGAGGUGUAGAGACAUGCAGUCAGUGGCGUAGUAAGGGCGGUGUAGAGACAUGUAGUUAGUAGCGUAGGAAGGGAGGUGUGGAGACAUGAUAUUACUGGCGUAUGUAAGGAGGUGUUGUGACUUACCGUUAGUGGCGUAGGAUGGGAGGUGAAGAGACAUGCAGUCAGUUGCGGAGGAAUGAAGAUUUGGAGAAAUGCUGUCAGUGGCGUAGGAAGGGAGGUGAAGAGACAUGCAGUCAGUGGCGUAAGUAAUAGUUGCGGAGACAUUCAGUCAGUGGCGUAGGAAGGGAGGUGUAAUGACAUGCAGUCAGUGGCGUAGGAAGGAGGGUCUAGAGACAUGCAUUCAGUGGCGUAGGAAGGAGGGUGUAAAGACAUGACGUCACUGGCGUAGGAAGGGAGGUGUAGAGACAUGUAGUUAGUAACGUAGGCAAGGAGUUGUAGUGACUUGCAGUCAGUGGCGUAGGAAGGAAAGUGCAGAGACAUGCAGUCAGUGGCGCAGGAAGGGAGAUUUGGAGACAUGCAGUUAGUUAUAUAGGAAGAAAAGGUGUCGAGACAUGCAGUCAAUGGCGUAGGAAUGGAGGUGCGGAGACAUGCAGUUAUUGGUGCAUGAAGGUAGGUGAGGAGGGACGGUCUUCUCCGGGCUGGUGUCAACUCCUAUAACGUCUUCUUGGAUUGAUUACAUUCGUCAGUUCUUUCAUACGUUGAAGCGUCGUACUAUUCUCACUAUCAUUGAUCAAACUCAACUCCUUUUGAUAAUAACUAUAACUUUAAUAUCUAAGUAAAUAUAAUAAACAUCCUAUCACUCCAAGGUUCCACUCAAGACUGCCAGCACGACUAAAACAUACGUCACAACACUGCAUAGACAAUACGUCACGAAUCAGCACAAAAAUACGUCAUAAAGACAAUGGCGGGAAGAGCGUUCACUAACUAUAAUAGUCAAGCGCGGGAAAAGCGUUCAACAACUAAUGAACAUAAUAUUGAGUCGCAACAAUUACUAAUGAACGCUCAUACUCGACAUAUCCCCCCUCUUUCAUUUCAGAUUUUACUCAGGGAGUGAAAUCGUCACCAGACAUACAAAAUUUACAUCAAUUACAUCAAGAAGAACCCUUCAGCCAUAUGAAUGGUCCUUAUCAAAAAACAUUAUUUAGGUAUCACUGAAAAUCAAACAGAUUUAUGAUAUACUGCAAUAAAAUAAACAAUCCUUCGUACAUAAUUUUAACUGCAAUUCAAGAGUUAAAAAUUCAUGUACGACAAUAAAAAUCAGACCAUUGAAAUUGAAUGUCAACGUUAAUUUUCAUUUUUCAUACCAAAAAAAAAAUUAUAUUUUUAUCUAAAAAAUCAAGGCAAAUACAUCAAUAUCCUUACUGAAUUUGAAACUAUAACUAACUUAAUCCAAAUCAUAUCAUAAAAAAGGUGUAUUUUUAAACAAAACCAAUUGCCAUCACUAUAAAAACACAAAACUAUCUAACAUUAUUACAGGUGAGAGAUGCCUCACCACAAUUUGAGCAGCCUUUAUUUGCUCUUAAAUAACACAGCUACAGAUGGCGGGACAUAUCUUUUGUCCGUUGAUUUCACAACUUUAUGCUUCAACAUGUUUAUUAUAAUUAGAAUUAUCUCUCCCUGUUCUUUUGACCCAUGGUCAUAACUCAUGUGAAACCUCAGUUUUACAAUACAUAUUUUUAAAUUGUUACAAAAUGAAAAACGAGUCUCAUAAAAAAGAAAUUCAAACAAAUCAGGAACUUCAAAGCAAUCAUGGCAAUAGUUCAUUUUAACAGAUUCAUUUUGUUUAACAAUACAAUCAAAAGCCUCACCUCCCAACUCAUGGACCUGACAACUCACCUCCUCUUGAAAAUCAUAAACAAGUGCACCUUUAGAGCUGGCAGCGCUCUCUUUAACACUUUCAACAUUGGUUUCCAACUUAAUGUUAGAGCACUCCUGGCUCUCAAAAUCUGGGCAACCUUCAAUCACAUUACUUGGGAAAUUAUUUUCAUUACAACUAUCUGUAACAAUAUGUACAUUUGAGCAGCCCUGGCUCACAUUUACAGGUGAUUCAUUAUCAUUACAAUUAUCCGUAACAAUAUGAAAAUUUGAGCAGCCCUGGCUCACAUUUACAGGUGAUUCAUUAUCAUUACAGCUAUCCGUAACAAUAUGAAAAUCUGAGCAGCCCUGGCUCACAUUUACAGGUGAUUCAUUAUCAUUACAGCUAUCCGUAACAAUAUGAAAAUCUGAGCAGCCCUGGCUCACAUUUACAGGCGAUUCAUUAUCAUUACAUAUCUCUGUAAAAAUAUCAACAUUUGAGCAACCUUUGCUCACAUUACACAGUGACUCAUUUACAUCACAAUAAUUAUCAACAACAAUUUUCUCUCCUUCCCCCACCUCAGGGAUUACACUCACCUCAUAAACUUUACACAAAAAAUCAGACACUUUAACUUUAGGACUUACAUUAUCUGAUGGCUCACCAUGAGAUACAACAAAAAUCAUGUCCUCAGACAUUAGAACAGGGUUCUCUUUGCUUUCAAUUCCGCACGUUUCCAUAACAACCAGUUCAUUACAUGUUGUGUCACUGGGACAAUCCCCUACAUACGUCCACCUAAGGUCAUUUCCAAUGACUUCCGCUUUAUUAAAUUGUCGUCCCCUUUCUUCUUUACAUUGGACUUCCUGGGAUACACCAACUACUUCAACCUCGUUUUGACAUGAAUCUAAAGCUAUAUCGGUCAACGUUGUCCCUUUUAAAGUCAGCUGACGGACCAAUUAACAAAUCACUGUCAUUCCUUUUUAAAAAAAUUGAGUCGUCAGCAGAGGCAAUAAUAUCAUUUUGUUCCUCUGUAUCUUUAGCCAUGAACCGUGGUUGCGAGGCCGGCUCUUGCCUGGGGUCAGGAUCAUGAGUAUGUCCACCGUUAUCCACACAUUUGUUUUCACUUACAUUAAUAGAAACUCUAUUAAAAUUUUUAUAUGGAUUCUCACAGUGAAUGCUGGCAAUGCCAUAAUAUAUUUCUUCCCCCUCACUCUCGUCAUCGUCACUGUCGUUAUAAUAAUAUGCCUGACUAUUUAAUUUAUUCAUAUUUAACAGCGACAUUUUCAGUCAACUUCUGGGCAUUUUUCAUCGAAGUGUCAGCAGGCUUGACCCGCCGCGGUCGACACUAGCAAAAGCUACGCCCCUGCUUGCAUUUAACGGUCUUAUUUGUGCGUUUAUCUCUUGGUAAAAAGCCAUAUUGUUUUUAAUAUUCUUUAAAAUAAUCCCAUUUCCCAUCUAUUAUUAUUCAUGGAUUUUUUCCGGCAACUUAAUUUACUUAAAAUACAUUGCAGGCCAUCUUGAAAGAAAUCAUAAAUAACUUCAUUAGGUCAACACUUUUUUGUGUAUAAAUAGUGUGAAGAAGCCAUUUAUCAAAUACAUAUACAUAAAUAUCCAUGCAGAGUAUAGAUAAAAUAAGAUUAUGCAUGGCAAUCAUACAAUAAUUAACGAGGCGGAGACCCAAUUAAUGAUUACAAAAAGAGACUUGCGGUCAAUUGUGUCCAUUGUUAGUUCACUAUGAAGGUUCCAUAGGUUCCAUCUCCAUGGACGGGAUAGAAAGAGUCACAUUAUGCUGCCUCUUUGGCCAACGGCAUUUGGCGUCUCUAGGUUUGGUGUCACUCUAUUUGAUACUACUGGGUUUGGCGUCUCUAAGUUUGGAGUCACUCUAUUUGAUACUACUGGGUUUGGCGUCUCUAGGUUUGGUGUCACUCUAUUUGAUACUACUGGGUUUGUCGUCUCUAGGUUUGGAGUCGCUCUAUUUGAUACUACUGGGUUUGGCGUCUCUUGGUUUGGUGUCACUCUAUUUGAUACUACUGGGUUUGUUGUCUCUAGGUUUGGUGUCACUCUGUUUGAUACUACUGGGUUUGGUGUCUCUAGGUUUGGUGUCACCCUAUUUGAUACUACUGGGUUUGGCGUCUCUAGGUUUGGUGUCGCUCUAUUUGAUACUACUGGGUUUGGCGUCUCUAGGUUUGGUGUCACUCUAUUUGAUACUACUGGGUUUGGUGUCUCUAGGUUUGGUGUCACUCUAUUUGAUACUACUGGGUUUGUUGUCUCUAGGUUUGGUGUCGCUCUGUUUGAUACUACUGGGUUUGGCGUCUCUAGGUUUGGUGUCGCUCUGUUUGAUACUACUGGGUUUGGCGUCUCUAGGUUUGGUGUCGCUCUUUUUGAUACUACUGGGUUUGGCGUCUCUAGGUUUAGUGUCACUCUAUUUCAUACUACUGGGUUUGUUGUCUCUAGGUUUGGUGUCACUCUGUUUGAUACUACUGGGUUUGGCGUCUCUAGGUUUGGUGUCACUAGGUUUAGUGUUUAUAUUUUUUAUGCCAUCCCGUACUGUGCACUCAUACUCUUAAGUCUGUACACCCUGCGAAUUGAAACUAAAACUGAUCACUCUGUAAAUCUAUAGUUGACCAUUCUGCCAAUCUAAAGCUGAGCACUCUGCCAAUCUAUAGAUGGAACCUACAAUUAUUUGGCAACGUGUCACAAACAAUUGCCAUGAAACUAAUAUAUUAUUUUUUUAAAAUAAUACCACAUGAUGCACAUUCUUUCACCCUUCACCCCACGCAUUCUCUAAAUAGUCUAAAUAUGAUAAACUGAUCUCUGCAAGGAGGAUGAGACAUUCAAGUGCAAUUAGCAAUCAAAUUCAAAACCAAAAUUUCAGUUCGAAUAACAUACCUUUGAACAAUUAAGUAUUUCCGGCAAUUUAUAUAUUUUCCUGUCAGGGUCAGCGUCACAAUAUGAAAAAGUCCAACAACGCUCUAUAUUAAAAAAAUAAGUUUGAAACAAAUAAAAUUACAUUACACCUGCAACUGUACAGACAGCAUCAAAGAUUCAGUAAUGUAAUGUUGACACGCAAUUGAUGUGGAAAUAAUAAAUAGUGUCAAAUCUUAGCAAUAAUAAAAACGGGCUUUUGAGAAUCAGUAACUAGGCUGUGGUGUCUGUAACAAACAAGGGAUGUGGUGCCCGUAGCAAAGGCUGAGGCCUUGUAUCAAAAGAAUAAAGUCAAGCAGAUCUUUAUGACAUGUGUUUCCUCUUUCCCCAAGGUCCGUGAAAGCCUUGAAUCAAACGUAUAAAAACAAGCAUAUCUUUAUGUCAUUUGUUUCCUCUGUCUCCAGUGUCCGUUAAAGCCUUGAAUCAAACGUAUAAAAUCAAGCAGAUCUUUAUGUCAUUUGUUUCCUCUGUUCCCAAGUGUCCGUGAAAGCCUUGUAUCAAAAGUAUAAAAUCAAUCAGAUCUUUAUGUCAUUUGUUUCCUCUGUCCCCAGUGUUCGUGAAAGCCUUGAAUCAAAAGUAUAAAAUCAAGCAGAUCUUUAUGUCAUUUGUUUCCUCUGUCCCCAUGAAGUGUCCGUGAAAGCCUUGUAUCAAAAGUAUUAAAUCAAGCAGAUCUUUAUAUCAUUUGUUUCCUCUGUCCCCAGUGUCCGUGAAAGCCUUGUAUCUAAAGUAUUAAAUCAAGCAGAUCUUUAUGUCAUUUGUUUCCUCUGUCCCCAUGAAGUGUCCGCGAAAGCCUUGUCUCAAAAGUAUUAAAUCAAGCAGAUCUUUAUGUCAUUUGUUUCCUCUAUCCCCAUGAAGUGUCCGUGAAAGCCUUGUAUCAAAAGUAUUAAAUCAAUCAGAUCUUUAUGUCAUUAGUUUCCUCUGUCCCCAGCGUCUGUGAAAGCCUUGUAUCAAAAGUAUAAAAUCAAGCAGAUCUUUAUGUCAUUUGUUUCCUCUGUCCCCAGCGUCUGUGAAAGCCUUGUAUCAAAAGUAUAAAAUCAAGCAGAUCUUUAUAUCAUUUGUUUCCUCUGUCCCCAGUGUCCUUGAAAGCCUUGUAUCAAAAGUAUAAAAUCAAUCAGAUCUUUAUGUCAUUAGUUUCCUCUGUCCCCAGCGUCUGUGAAAGCCUUGUAUCAAAAGUAUAAAAUCAAGCAGAUCUUUAUGUCAUUUGUUUCCUCUGUUCCCAAGUGUCCAUGAAAGCCUUGUAUCAAAAGUAUAAAAUCAAGCAGAUCUUUAUGUCAUUUGUUUCCUCUGUCCCCAGUGUUCGUGAAAGCCUUGAAUCAAAAGUAUAAAAUCAAGCAGAUCUUUAUGUCAUUUGUUUCCUCUGUUCCCAUGAAGUGUCCGUGAAAGCCUUGUAUCAAAAGUAUUAAAUCAAGCAGAUCUUUAUAUCAUUUGUUUCCUCUGUCCCCAGUGUCCGUGAAAGCCUUGUAUCUAAAGUAUUAAAUCAAGCAGAUCUUUAUGUCAUUUGUUUCCUCUGUCCCCAUGAAGUGUCCGUGAAAGCCUUGUAUCAAAAGUAUAAAAUCCAGCAGAUUUUUAUGUCAUUUGUUUCCUCUGUCCCCAGUGUCCUUGAAAGCCUUGUAUCAAAAGUAUUAAAUCAAGCAGAUCUUUAUGUCAUUUGUUUCCUCUGUCCCCAGUGUCCGUGAAAGCCUUGUAUCAAAAGUAUAAAAUCAAGCAGAUCUUUAUGUCAUUUGUUUCCUCUGUCCCCAGUGUCCUUGAAAGCCUUGUAUCAAAAGUAUUAAAUCAAGCAGAUUUUUAUGUCAUUUGUUUCCUCUGUCCCCAGUGUCCGUGAAAGCCUUGUAUCAAAAGUAUAAAAUCAAGCAGAUCUUUAUGUCCGUGCCGUCCAUGACGAAAGGAACACCGGAAAUUCCCGCUAAAAAGAUCCAUUUGGGAGAGUGGAAGUGGGAUAUGAAGGUAAGAUUCUCAUUUGCAAUAGAGCAGUCUCACAUCAUUCUAAAAUUGUACAUAAUGGAUGUGGACAUCUCUCUAGUGAUCUAUGGCGUACAAGAGAACAAUUACGCUUAUCAAUCUCCACUAUGCUACAGAAGAAUUCUGGAAUUUGUAGGCACGAGCUUUGUUGAAAGGGAAAAUUGUUCAACGGAAAUUUGCUCGAACAGAAAUUUGUUCGAAUUGAAAUAAUGUGGGUAAAAAAAAAUGAUUAAAUAUUAAAAGGUUUAUAUUGUCCCUAUGUCCCAGUCGCAUCGCACCUUCCCUUAUAAACACAGUUAAAAACACUAUUUAAAACACUGUUAAAACAAUUAAAUAAACAGACACCGGAUUUUUUUUUAUUUGAUAGACGGAAUUUCGAUUAACUAAAUUGUGGUCAAACUGAAAUUUGGUCAAAUGUAAAUUUCUUCAAACGGAAAUUUCCGUUUAACAAUUUUUCUUAAUCUAACUGUCUUUCAAACAAAUUUCUGGCAAACUCUGUAUCAUGAAUGUGGGCAUCCAUCAGAUGUUCAAUGUCAAAGUUAGUAAAAUAAAUGCCUUCUGUGGCCCAUGUUUAGAGAACUCAUUUAUGAAACCUCUAUUUCUUGUGAUUGCUGUGAAUACAUUUAAAAUCCCGAGUUAAUGACGGUGACUUAAAGUGUCAAAUGUUCCAACGGUAGAAGUCAUUUGGUGGUGCGUGUCCGGGGACAUUGCUUUUUAAAAAAUACAGUGGCUGGAGCUGGAAUUGUAUUUCGUGGCUGAAGCCAACACUUGCAAAGAAAUGCCCUGUGUUUUGUUGUUUUUUUUUGUUUUGUUUUUGUUGUUUGUUUUGUUGUUGUUGUUUUUUUUUUUGGGGGGGGGGGUGGGUUUGUUGAUCAUUUCAUGCGUUCCGCAGUAACUGUUGACUUCGAGCUUUAUGGAGCCUUUGUGUUCAGAGAAGCGAGAAAGGUAUCUAGGGUUUGCUGUUUUUUCCAUGAGUCCCUGGUUGAUGCAGCUUACAUUCAGUGAGACGUUCAGGUGACUUGGAAACUUUUCUUUUCACCUCCAAUUGACCGUCUGCCAUGCUCAAGCUUUCCAUAAACUAUUCUCUUAGAGACACGGAUGUUUGCCAUAGGGUACAACCUUCCUCGUCCAGUGUCAGGAUGGCAAAAUGCUGGGAAGACCUCCUUGUGAGACCCUCUGGGGUGUACCUCUGUCCUUGGCAACUUAUUAUAGUGUAUAGCUAUGACAAAUUAUUAAAUUAAAUUGGAAUAUAAGUCUAAUUAUAAAUUUCUUCAGCACUAUCCAUUCAUUCGGUCCAAUAGAUGUAAUUUAUUUUUUUGUUAGUAUCAUCUCUGUUUGUUUGGAUCAAAUCUUGAAGGUCUCUUUAAACCCACUUCUACUGAUUCGUAUAUACAUAUUCGGUGACAAUACAUUAGUAUGUCAUAUUUGGACGCAAUGUUUCCAAAACAAACUUUACUUUCAAGUCUAUGAGCUCUUGGAUUUAUUAUUCGAAUUUCUUGCAUAAUGUUGUGAUGUUCCCAUCUUAUUUCCUUCAGGGUGGAGUUAUCCCUAUUGAUUGCUCAAACGCCGCCGGUGGAUUUGGUGGCGCUGCGAACGCUGUGAGGAACUUGUGGUGGUACAAAGAUGGUUUCUACAACAUAACUGGGGAGUGGGAUCCCAUCAACACCAUUUACAACGCUUACAACAUUGACAUGAUACAGUUCGAGUAAGAUUUUUUUCUCACCGCGAUGGUAUAUUUUCUAUCUCUGUUAUAGUUAUUUACCACGAUUAUCAGAGCAUCGGGAAGAUACUAGAUGGUAUGAAUAUCCCUGAGAAAGCUGUUCCCAGGCAACCGUUUCAUCCCAGCUACUUUACAAAAUAGUUGCAUAGUAUAAACCCACUGUAGAAACCCUCUUAGAGUGCGCCUGACGCUUCCCCGGGAUAGGUGGCGGAAGAUAUUAGGACUUUAAUAUACCAUCCCGACUCCCUGGGAGAGUCGGUUGCGGACGUUUUAAGCCCAGCGUUUUCGGAAAACCGGAUGUCCCUGGGUGGAGACAGCCUUUAUCUGUAAACCCGAUCGAGGGGGUGGGGCAGUCUCGGUAGGGUGAGGUACCUGGCGUGCCACCGCACGGCCCGGCAUCGGGGAGACCCAGUGUUUGGGCUGUGUGGAGGUGAGUUGGGAGCUCACGCUGAGCUUUUGAUGCAGAGCAAUAUGUGAAAUCCCAACAUUUGUGAUCUCUGCUUGUUUGUGAUCUCUGCUUGCUUGUGAUCUCUGCUUGCUUGUGAUCUCUGCAUGUUUGUGAUCUCUGCUUGUUGGUGAUCUAUGCAUGUUUGUGAUGUCUGCUUGUUUUUGAUCUCUGCAUGUUUGUGAUCUCUGCUUAUUUGUGAUCUCUGCUUGUUUGUGAUAUCUGCAUGUUUGUGAUCUCUGCUUGUUAGUGAUCUCUGCUUGUUAGUGAUCUCUACUUGCUUGUGAUCUCUGCCUGUUUGUGAUCUCUUCGUGCUUGUGAGGUCUGCUUGUUUGUGAUCUCUACUUGUUUGUGAUCUUUGCUUUUUGUGAUCUCUGCUUGUUUUUUAUCUUUGCCUGCUUGUGAUCCCUGCCUGCUUGUGAGGUCUACUUGCUUGUGAACUCUGCUUGUUUUUUAUAUCUGCUUGUUUGUGAUCUUUGCUUUUUGGUGAUCUCUGCUUGUUUGUGAUCUCUGCUUUUUGGUGAUCUCUGCAUGUUUGUGAUCUCUGCUUGUUGGUGAUCUCUGCUUGUUUGUGAUCUCUGCGUGCUUGUGAGGUCUGCUUGUUUUUUAUCUCUGCAUGUUUGUGAUCUUUGCUUUUUGUGAUCUUUGCCUGCUUGUGAUCUCUGCCUGCGUGUGAGGUCUGCUUGCUUGUGAUCUCUGCUUGUUUGUGAUCUCUGCUUGUUUGUGAUCUCUGCUUGUUUGUGAUCUCUGCUUGUUUGUGAUCUCUGCUUGUUUGUGAUCUCUGCUUGUUUGUGAUCUCUGCUUGUUUGUGAUCUCUGCUUGUUUGUGAUCUCUGCUUGUUUGUGAUCUCUGCUUGUUUGUGAUCUCUGCUUGUUUGUGAUCUCUGCUUGUUUGUGAUCUCUGCUUGUUUGUGAUCUCUGCUUGUUUGUGAUCUCUGCUUGUUUGUGAUCUCUGCUUGUUUGUGAUCUCUGCUCGGUUGUGAUCUUUGCUUUCUUGCUUUAAAGUUGUAUGAUACUUGGCUGCUGGUUUAAAGAUUAUUGAGAGUUACAUACAAUAAACUCUUCAAAAUAAUACACUCAUAUAUCAUACAUACGGAUAUGUGUCAGACUCACAUAAUCACAUAGUCUAAAAAAAAACAGUCAUUGUUACACAAUAAUUUUUUUGAACAUAUCGUUACAAAUUAUGUAGUACGUGAAGGUGAACAUAUCAGAGAUUUAAACUAUUUGUAAGUACAAUUAAUUAUAUUUAGUUAGUAACAAUAUUGUCUCUUGGAUAUAAAAAUGUAUUUUAAGAUCAAAGUUUAAAUGUAAGACUAAAUUAUUAUGUCCGGUUAAUUGAGUUAGGUAGAUGAAAGGAACAGCAGCACAAACUUCAUCAAAUUUGGCUGAGGCCGUUAUUUACAUUGAUAGGAAACGGAAGCACUAAAUUAUAACAGAUUAAACAUAUUACUUUAAAGUGCACUGUAGCAAACAUGAAAUGAGUUGCCUCUUUUUAACACAGGGUCUACGUGUCACCCGAUGAGGAAGAAGCCGCCACCCCCCUACCAGCAGGGGCGGCUGGCCCCACCCCCCAGGCCAUGAGAUGGGUCAAGUUAAUGUCUGACAAAUUCAUCAACCUGGAUUACAUAGAUUUACACAGAUGUAUGUCUCUUUUAGGGUUGUACAUAUAUUUACACAGAUUAUGUCUCUUUUAGGGUUGUACAUAGGUGUACACAGAUGUAUGUCUCUUUUAGGGUUGUACAUAGAUUUACACAGAUGUAUGUCUCUUUUAGGGUUGUACAUAGAUUUACACAGAUGUAUGUCUCUUUUAGGGUUGUACAUAGGUUUACACAGAUGUAUGUCUCUUUUAGGGUUGUACAAAGGUUUACACAGAUGUAUGUCUCUUUUAGGGUUGUACAUAGGUUUACACAGAUGUAUGUCUCUUUUAGGGUUGUACAUACGUUUACACAGAUGUAUGUCUCUUUUAGGGUUGUACAUAGGUUUACAGAGAUGUUCGUAUAUCAGUAUUUAACAUAAGUUUGAAGUUUGAUCAACUUAUAAAUCCAAAUAGUGGAUCUUUUAGACGACGUAUCCUAACAUAAUGGUGACAUUUUUGGUAUUCCUCCAUGUCAUAGUCUCUCAAGUGAUUAAAUGGUUAUAAACAACAUAUUUCUUUGCAAUACAGUAGAAAUAAAUUCGAAGUUCAUCUUGCACGUAUCUUUAUUUAAACAAUGAAUUAAAUUAGAACUUGGCUGUUGAGAUCUUUGUGUACAGAACGAUUUUACCAAAUCACACUUUCUUCCGGAUUUUGUGAUGAAUCGAUGAAACUUAUUGUGGAAAUGCUUCGAUUAUUAAAUAUUAGUAAAACUCUCAAAUUCCCUCUUUACUUUGACAAUUUUAAAAAUUAAUUAUUUUAUCUAAUUCGGCGAUUGGUUUCGGGAGUUUAAAAGCUGUUAAGUCAAAAAUUAAAUCUUAGACUGUAGGUUUUUCUUUAUAGCUUCGCCAUUUCAGUUCAGUAGAAAAACAUGACCCACGGAAAGUAAUACAUUAAAUGACCCAAGAAAAUUAACACAUUAGACAUAAUUUAAAAGGGAUGAAAUUGUCACGCCAAUUUAUGAGGACCCCCUGAUUUUUUCCCUAGAUCUACGUGUCCACCCACAUGCCCAGUGGGUUUUGAGUGGGAUCGGAGGCAGCUGAAUCAAAGGUUCACAACUCACUACAAUAGUCUUAUAGUGGUGACUUACAAUGCUUUGUUUUACUUCCCUUACUCCUUUAACUUUUGGUUAACAUGUGAAGUCUUUUAACCUGAUGCUCCUGUCAUGACAACUUAUGGUAGGGUCAUCAAUUGUACAGGUUGCCUGGUUUCAUUUUAACUUAUCGGACUUCGGGCGUCUCCCACUAAUGACGGCAAGGGGCUCAAAUGUUCAUCACGUAGGCCUACUAAUGAUUAUAAAAUGACUGGUUCCUUUUUAAAUCACAUGCAAAAGAUUCGUUUAUUCAGUCUUUGUGUUGUAAUUUAAGGGGGAGGGGCGGUUAUCACUUGAAAAUGUCGGAUCAAGUUUCAAAAGUAAAUGAAUGCGUCAUUUCGGAAUAGUAAUAAUCUGCUUUCUCCUCAUUGAACCUUAAACCCGAAUACCAUUAUACUUUGAGGCAGUGGUUCCAGGACAAUUCAUGAAAACAUAUGAACCUUUCUAUGUUGAAACACAUUACCUUUCCUGAACCUCAUGCGGCAGUUCAAAGAUUUAAAUCCACAAAUUUAACUUUAUUUUUUCUCUAACACAAUAAUUAUUAAUGAUGUAUAACCAAAAUGAAAUAAAGCAUUAAAUAUUUGCAGCUAUUUUUAGAAUGAAACAUUUAAUCUCUACCUAACAUUAAACUAAAUUGUUAAACAUGGAUUGAAUGGGUGUAGAUUUUGAGACACAAACAAUUGGGCAAUAUGUGUUGGAUCAUACCAAUGAUUAUUAAGUCUAAGUAUGCUAUAUGUAUUCUUUAUCUGAUCAUAACCAAAUUAAUUAAAUACCAAAAGAAUGAUUCAAAUAAAUCUAACCUGAUGAUGCUUUUCAAUUAUCUUAGAUUUUGCUAAUUUGUAUGUCAUUUUAAAAGACCCUGGCUUUUUAUCUACUUAAUUUUACCAUUAGAAGCUAGAGCUUAGAUCUGUUUUAUAUAUUAUUAAAAGUUAAGAAUUGAAAAUUAAUACGUUGAAAUAUUUUCAAAUAAUUUUUAUUAGACCUCUAGCUGAUUAUAAUUUUAUAAUUUUGAUGUUUACUAUUUGAAUUAUUUCACACACAAAAAAAAAGAUUUUGGAUAUUAUUGCAUAAAAAUUCCUUCUGAAAAAUAAUGCCUAAUAAUAAAUGAUUAUUUUCCCGCCAGGGGUCAGGUCGGUGUACGGGCCUUAUAUCCAGACAGCCAACAACAACGCUGGAAUUUCAGACGGAGAAAUUUAAAUCAACAACACCAGAAACUAAAUGACGAGAGUGCGUUCAGAUCUCAGAAAACUGUAUUUUGUACCCAUGACCUUCACAUCAGGGACAUAGAUAGGACGCCGUAUUGAUCGGUCGAGGAGUGAACUUUUAAGGUCGCGAAUUAUUUAAGUGUCUUAGUUUCUUUUCAAUUCAAGCCUCAACUAUACAGUUUUAAUCUAUUUUUUUAAUUGUAAAUAAAAAGUGGUGUUCUUUAUCAUGAUAUGUAAAUAUACGACUCAAACUAGAUCAUUCCAGAGACUCCGUAGCCUAUUUAAUUGAUGUUAGAAUAGUGUUAAUUUUACUGCAUGCAAAAUAAAAUGAGUAUCUCAUAGAUGGGAAAAUUGUUGGACAAGUUGGAUGGCUUGAAGAUAUAUAAGACAUAUCAGGGAAGUUAAUUAAGCUAACUGCAGCCUCACCUUUGACUCAUGAUCUGACCACAUUAAUUAUUUUGAACUCUCUGGUUGGCCCGUACUUACAGCCUGAACAAGUCAAUAAACCAUGAAUAGGACACAACGUGUGUUUUGUGCUUAUUCAUUUCUUAGUGUAUGAUCUAGUUGCAGUGUUACUAAGUCCGCCCAUUCGCAAUGUGUAGAGGCGCUAUGACCUUUGACUUCUUUGUCUUGACCUAAAGUCAGGUAUAUAGGUCGGGA